CGGUGGAAGAUAAUAAGAUUGGUGGAUAUAGAGCAGCAGUUGAAAGCAUUAGUAGGUAAAAAGGCCGAAUUUCGGGGCGUGCAGAGACCAGCAUUAAAGGCUAUUAUAUACUAUAAGAGCCCGGUAGUUGCUAUUAUAGGCACAGGUAGAGGCAAGAGCAUGUUGUUUAUAUUGCCAGCAUUGUGUUCAACAGGCGUAAUAGUAGUAGUUAUGCUAUUAGUGUCGUUGCGGAAGGAUAUAAAAAGCCGUUGCAAUAAAGCCGGCAUCGAAUGGGCGCAGGUCGUGUUGGUCACGCCGGAGUCGGCGGUUGGGGAGGCAUUUAGCAAUUUUAUUAACCAACAGCGGUCGAUGGGACGGUUAGACCGGAUUGUGAUUGACAAAUACCACGUAAUUUUGGAUUUAGUAGGCGGGUGGAGGAGCAGGAUGUUGGCGUUAAGGAAUUUAGUUAUAAUAGAAACGCAGUUGGUGUAUUUAAUGGCAACAAUUUAG